AUGGAUAGUGAAGAUAAUGUGGAUAUCGUGGAUAGUGCUAAACCUUUUGAUAAUAAAGAAAAUAGUUUUUUGAAAAUCAUAAAGAAAUUAAGUUUUGAUGAUUUCAAAAAUAUUCAAGAAAUUCCAUGCACCCGUCAGAGUUUUUUGAAUGGGAUUGGUGGUGGAACGAUAAUUGGUUUUUUAAGAUUCUUUCACAAAGGGAAUGUUCUCUCGGCUACAAACUGGGCAAUUGGAUCAUUUUGUUUAUUAUCGAUAGGAACAUGGGAGUAUUGUUGUUUUAAACGUUUUAAUAAACAUGAAAAAAUGAAAGUAGUAGUUCAGAAAAUGAACGAAAUGAGUAUCAAGAAAGCUCAAAAGAAAGCAGAAGAGAAUGCUAGGAAGAAUAAAAGUGCUUCUGCUGCAGUCUCUCAGACUUCUUCGCACACUACACUGAUCAGUUCUUUUGACGACGAACAAGCUUCUUUGUCUUACAAUUUCGCUUCGUCAUCGCAUAUAUCCUCACCUUCAAACUCAAGUUCUUCUAUUCCUACUGACGAACUGCAGAGUCAAUCUAGUGGCUAUCACGCUAGAGACGAGCCUGAUAACGACUAUUCGCGGCCCAGUGAUUCUGAUUCUGAAUUACGUUUGGCAAAACGUCCACGUAUUGCGGAAUCUUCUACUAACGGAGAAUUUAACAUGAGGAUCAGUAAAAAAGAAAACGGUGUAGGAAGUAGUGCGAAUGGAGUUUCACCCACAAGUAAUGGUGAUUCCCAAAUUGCGACAAAUGGUCAAAUUUCAAAAUUAACAGUAAUGAAAAAUAAUCGUCGACAAGAGCUUGUUAGACUCAUGGUUCAAGCAAUGCAGGAUAUGGGAUAUCAUAAAUCUGCCGCUCUACUCGAGAGCGAAUCUGGUUAUCCUCUUGAAAGUCCUGCUGUUGCCAAAUUUAGAGAAGGAGUAUUAAAAGGUGACUGGGAUUUGGUGGAAUCUCUGUUCCCUACAUUGGAAUUGGAUCAAAGUCAAGAUUCUGUCGUUGUGCAGUUUUUGAUUCGACAACAAAAAUAUCUAGAAUUGUUAGAAAGAAGAGAAAUCAAAUUAGCUUUAUAUACAUUGAGGAGUGAACUUGCUCCACUCGCGUUCGACACUGAGCGACUCCAUUUGUUGUCUAGCUUCAUAAUGUACUCUAAUGCAGAAGAUUUAAAACUUAAAGCCGAAUGGGAUGGUGCUAAUGGAACUUCGCGUCAAAAAUUAUUGUUAGAAUUGCAGAAAUAUAUUUCUCCAUCUAUAAUGGUUCCCGAACAUCGCCUUGAAACAUUGUUGGAACAAGCCACCACUUUACAACGUAUAUCUUGCCUAUAUCAUAAUACCGAUGAAUACAUUUCCUUAUAUUCUGAUCAUGAAUUUUGGUAUGUCGCUUUUUCAAAUAAUGGAAAAUUUCUGGCAUCUGCAUCUAGGGAUAAGACUGCUAUCAUAUGGAGUAUCGAGACAAAAAAAUCAGUACAUAUUCUCAAGGACCAUUCAGAUUGUGUCUCUUUUUUGUCUUGGUCACCAGAUGAUACCAAAAUUUUAACAUGUGGGCAAGACAACGAAAUAAGACUUUGGAGUGUAGAGUCCGGUAAAUGUUUGACCACUUUGAGUAAACAUGGUGAUCCGGUAACCACCUGCGCGUGGCUUCCGGAUGGAAAAAGUUUUAUAUCAGGAAGUCAAGACAAAAAUACUUACUUAUGGAACUUGGAUGGAACAAUUGUACAUAAAUGGAAUGGUGCUCGAAUAAUGGAUUUAGCCAUUAAUAAAGACGGAACUAAAAUGGUGGCAAUUUGUCAUGACGGAAGGUUACAUAUAUAUAAUCUUGAAACAAAAAAAGAAGAAGCUACAUUGGAUGAAAACGCCAAGCUUACUUCCAUUUGUUUAUCUAAUGAUUGCAAGUAUGCUUUGGAAAUUCACUUAUGGGAUAUUGAAAAAAUGCGAAUAGUACGCAAAUAUUAUGGCCAAAAACAAGGAAAAUUUGUCAUUAGAUCUUGCUUUGGUGGUAUAGAUCAAGGAUUUAUUGUUAGUGGUAGUGAAGACUCCAAAAUUUACGUGUGGCAUCGUGAACACGCGGCAAUGAUUGAAACAUUGUCAGGUCAUAAAGGAGCAGUCAAUAGCGUAAAUUGGAAUCCUACGAAUCCUUAUAUGUUUGCAUCUGCUGGUGAUGAUCAUACUAUUCGGAUAUGGGGAACUCCAAGUGCUGCAGAUCAUAAAGGGAAAAUGAAGACACCAUGA